AUGGCGACGCGACGUAACAUCUCUUCAGAGAAGGCAAUCUCUGAAGCGCAAGGUGGCCCUUCGGCCGCGGACCAGGUAUCAGAUACGACGCCUGCUGUGCCUGCCCAUGUAAUCUACAAGCUCCUAGGCUUCACAGCAGCCAUGGUAUGUGUACCGAUAGGGUCGUAUUUCUUGACGCUCAACCUGUUUUUCCGAGGCAAAGCUGUAUGGGCGGGCGCAUGUGCCGCCAUUAUGGCGAACGUCGUGCUCAUAGCCUACAUUAUUGUGGCCAUGAAAGAAGACCAAAGCGAGAAGAUCGAGGCCGAGCAGAACCGGAAGAAAGCUCAGUGA